CUGCCACCAAUGGCAGUGUAUCAGCCACUCCAUGUAAGUAUAACUAUAGUUGUUAAUCCUAGUUCUUCAUAUAUUCCCCCACUCUUGUCAAUAACCACUGCUGCCACCAAUGGCAGUGUAUCAGCCACUCCAUGUAAGUAUAACUAUAGUUGUUAAUCCUAGUUCUUCAUAUAUUCCCCCACUCUUACCAAUAACCACUGCUGCCACUAAUGGCAGUGUAUCAGCCACUCCAUGUUAUUAUAACUAUAGUUGUUAAUCCUAGUUCUUCAUAUAUUCCCCCACUCUUGCCAAUAACCACUGCUGCCACCAAUGGCAGUGUAUCAGCCACUCCAUCAUCUUUAACAGAUAACUUGACAUUAAUCCUAGGAAUGUCUUUAUGUGGAGUGGGUUUACUGAUUCUUUUAAUCAUAGUUUUGUUUGUCUGUUGCAAGAAAAGAUCGAGCACAAAGCAACAAACAGUAGAAACUGUACAGAUAGGAGAUCUUUGGGCCAGUAACAGAGGAGAUAUAUCUUAUGCACCAACAUUUGACUCGGUUCUGGAUACAGUUUCAGAAUCACCAAAGGUUCAGACCAAAACCAGUAAAGGUUGGUCUGGAAAAAAGAAGUAUAGAAUAGAUGUACUAUACCAUGUACUGUACCCAUACACAGCCCAGGAAGAUAGUCAACUUAAUCUUGACCUUGGUGAUGUUGUGACCUUGAUAGAAAAGAGAGGAAAUGGGUGGUGGAAGGGCAGGAUAAAGGAUAAAGAAGGCUGGUUCCCUGGCAGCUAUGUCGAGGAGACUGAUAUUGGCAAAGUGUACACAUCUAACCUCCAUUUACCUAAUGGCCACUCUCCUGUCAGUUCCUUCCUAAAGAACCAGGAUCUAACACCAAAGCUAGCCAAAUCUUCCCUGAACAGGAACAGUGCACCAGUCUUCUCAUAUGAUAAAAAGGCUUUAGGGAAGGAAGUAUCUAUACCAAAGGUCCCAACACCGACAUCAUCUCCAUUUCAAAGUCCACCAGCAAGUAAACCUACCUCACCAAGUCAUAUUCCUCAUAGUUUUGGCAAGGUUAUCACAGAAAAUGUAGGAGGAAGAAGUUUUUAUGCAUUAUAUAGCCAUGAACCAAACUUCUCCAACGAACUUCAGUUAGAUGUGGGUGAUGUUGUUAUUGGUAUUGAGAGAGAUAUGAAUGGCUGGAUGAAAGGAAGAAAGAACAAAUCUGAAGAAAUUGGAAUGUUCCCUGCUAUAUAUGUACAAGAAAUCUCACAGAAUGAAGAGCCGUUGGGUUAUAAAGACAAACAAAGUGUAUAUGAUCAACUACCAGUAUGUAACAAUGAUCUGAGUACAGCUGAAUAUAUAGGAGUGGAACAUACAGCUGUGUGUCCAUAUGCUGCAGAAAAUGAGACAGAUUUGUCGUUUGACAUUGGUGACACCGUUAUAGUAUGUCAGACUUUAGACAAUGGAUGGUGGUAUGGUUGCUACGACGACCAGUUUGGCUGGUUUCCUGGCUCAUAUGUUGAGGCUAUUAGACAAGACCAGAUGGCUGCAGAUGAAAUAGAUGGACCUCUUUCAAGGGAUGUAACUCAAGAAGAGGAGAUAACUCAUGAUGAUAUACCAGAUAAGAUUGUGAUUCAUGAUGCACCUUUAGAAACUACAAUUGACAAGGAUAUAGCCGCAUUAUCACCCAUCAAACCACUUGGUGGUCACAGAUCUGAGGAUGAAAUCUCACAAAAAUCUACAGAGUCUCUAGACCAAAAGACAAAAGUCUCAAAUGGUAUAUCAAAAGAUUCUCCUAACAAAAGGAGUAAACUUCCGAAGUCUGUGAGGCCGUCGAGGCCUGCUCCUCCUCCGCCAAUUCAACAUCAUUCAACACCUGAAUCAAAAACAAAUUUAAUGGAGAAAUUUAAUAAAACUAAGGUUAGUAAUAGUGUAAACAAAAACAAUAGUCAGAAUGGAAAACCAGAAGUGCCAAAAAGAUAUAUAAAGCCAAAAUUACGUAAAGUGCCUAAAACAAAAACAAAAGCUGGUAAUGAAUCUGAAUUGUGUCGCAGAAAGGUUAGGUCGCCACCUCCUCCUCGGCCUGAUCCGCCAAAAUUAUUGAAGGAAAAAUAUAUGAUUCGUCAGGAAAAAGUCAAUAGUGUGUACCCAGAUUUAAAAGAUGUUAAUUCUACUCCAAAUGUAUCUCAGACUGAUGUUGAUACUAGUAAUACAAAAUAUGCAAAUGAAACGGGAAACAAAUCUCAAAAUGAUAACAAUGACAGUGCUAUUUUACCAGAUGAUACUCAAAAUGUGACUAGUUUCUUAGAGAAUACAACUGACACAAGUAUAGGUAAAAUAUCAGGAUUAACUAGUUUGUCUAGUAGUGUGCAAGGGGACAGAACUCAAGAUCAGUCUGAACUGACAAGUGUGUCUGCAAUCAACAUGUCUGAUAUGAAUGAUUCUAGACAGUUAGUAAACAAACAAAAUUCUAUGGACAAUAGUCAGUCAGAGGAUAUUAGUGCUUCAAUUGGAAAUCAAAAUGUUAUUUGUGAGCCUUCUGUGGAACAUAAUGCUGCCAAGCUGGCAAUUAACGGUGAUAUACUGGUUCAUCAUAAUGUUGAUAAUCAAAAACCCACUCAUAAAUCAGACAGUCGAUUACCUUGUAAACUGCCACAACCCAAAUCACAUAGUAUGAGGGAUGAUUCUCCUAAACCAACUUUAAUACCAAAAUCACAAAGUUUGAGAUGCGAUGGACCAAAGCCUCCACCAGUGGCUCCAAAACCAAAUAAAAAUCACCAUAACUCUCAUUAUGAUGGGGAACCAGGCUAUAGUGAGGUUGGGACCAGUUUGGUAGGCGAAGAUGUAGUAGAUGGCCCAGAUAAAAUCAGUUUUUACCAAAGGCCACUGAGUCCAAUUUAUAGUAAAAUAGACAAAAAGUAUAUUGUACCAAAUCAAAAGAACUCUGUUAAUUCAAUAGAUAGGAGUUUUAAUGAUCCCGAGUUGAAUAAUGAACAAAAAUCUACAAAUGAGAUUAUUGAAAAUAAAGGAACCGAAAUUGAUAAUCAUAUACAGGAAAAUGGUUUGGAAAAUGCUCAAAUAAAUGACAAUAAGGAUCAAAAGAUGGAUGCUAUGUCAGAAUCAUUGAGUUGUGAUGCUACAGAAAAAAGUUCUGUUUCAGGUCCACAAAAUGACUCAGAAAACAAACCAUCGCAAGACAAUGGUCCCAAAACUUCCUCAAUUCCUGGACCGGCUCAUUCAUAUCAGAGCAAUAUUCCAAAAAGAAUGGCUAGUCCUGCUGUUAAAAACAAACAAUUACAUGGGAAUACUUCUAUUCCUAAGCCAAACUUCAGUCCAACCACAAAAACCCAUAUUGAAAAUGUUGAGGAAAGUGAAAAUGAAAAUAAAUCAAAACCUGAAAGACCAUCAAGACCUCCAAAUGUUGUGAGGCAUAGCAGUAUGACUAAUCCCUCUCCAAGUAGACUGCCAAAAGUUGAAAAAUCAAAAAGCUCGUUAUCAGAUUCACCAAAUGUGAGUAGAAAAUUUCAGAAACAAAAACCUGCCAAAGAAAGCAGUAAAAUUCCUAGUGCUAUCCCUAAAAGUCCCAAACAGAAAGCCCCAAAUCCUAUGGGCUCAUCACGAACUGCUUCCAGUCCUUCAAGACUUCCACGGAAAGCUAUGAAUGGAGUAGUUAGUCCCAAGCCAAAGAGACCACCUCCUCCAAAGACUCCGCCUACUUCACCAGUGACUGACAGCCCAAAAACUAUUACCUUUAGUCCAAAUUACAACAGCAUACCAGAAGGUGGUCAUCUACAGAUCAAUGACACAGGAGACAACAGACAAAAUGAAGGAAGUUUACUGAAAAAGGCUAUCACAUCUUACACUGCUCAGAAUGAAGAUGAAUUGUCUUUCCAAGAAGGAAGUUUUAUCCAGGAAAUUAGUCAGGAUGAUGAGAGUGGUAUAUGUGUAGGGAUGUUACCCAAUGGGGACACAGGCUUGUAUCACAAAAGUUUUGUAGAAGAUUCCUGCCAUGAACAGCAAAGUGUUGUGUGAAAUACAUUAUAAAUUUAGUAAAUUAUAUUGUAAUUAUAUGUUA